AUGUCUACGGAAAUGGAAGUCGACCCUCCGGUGGUGCAACAAGAGGAAGAGGAAGAAGCUCCCGCGCAGUCCAGCAACGGUAGCCACGAUCCGAGAACACAGGCGGGUGCCGUCGCAGUACGCAGCAUCGAGGGAUGGAUUGUCAUUGUGACCAACAUCCAUGAAGAGGCCUCUGAAGAGGACGUCACGGACUUGUUCGCCGAAUAUGGAGAGAUCAAGAAUUUCAGCCUGAACUUGGACCGCCGGACGGGUUACGUCAAGGGAUAUGCCUUGAUCGAGUACUCCACCCUCCCCGAAGCCUCGGACGCCAUCAAAGCCCUGAACGGCUCCAAACUACUGGACCAGACCAUCUCCGUCGAUUUCGCAUUCGUUAGACCGCCUCCCUCAAAUAAAGGAAAGGGUGGAGGACAGAGAGGUGGACGUGGCGGCGGUAGGAACCGCAGCAGAAGCCGCGAGAGGAGCCGCAGUCCUGGAGCCGAUGAUGCACGGGACUAA